GGAUGCGCGGGCGCCCGGGGCUGCAGGUCCUCAGACCAAACUACAACUCCCAGGACCCAGCGGGCGCUGCCGCCCACGCGACGUCACGGCGGCGGAGGGCGCAGGCGGCUGGGCGCCCGGCGAGUGGACUGUUCGAGCCCUUCCGCUGGGACCCGGGCCCUGGCUCCGGCCCCGCGAUGGGAGCUGCUCUCCGCGGGCUGAGCCUGUCAGCAUCCUCGACGCACCCUGGUCCCUGAAGUCGGAGAAGAGCCCCUACCCACCCACACCCCCUUGCCCCAUUUUGGGUCGCCUGGGUCCUCAGUCCUAGCGGAUCCUCAGUCCUAGCGGCCACCGGGUCUGAAAGGAGCAAGACGAUGAUCCUGGCGUCGGUGCUGAGGAGCGGUCCCCGGGGCGGGCUUCCGCUCCGGCCCCUCCUGGGGCCCGCACUCGCGCUCCGGGCCCGCUCGACGUCGGCCACCGACACACACCACGUGGAGAUGGCUCGGGAGCGCUCCAAGACUGUCACCUCCUUUUACAACCAGUCGGCCAUCGACGCGGCAGCGGAGAAGCCCUCAGUCCGCCUAACGCCCACCAUGAUGCUCUACGCUGGCCGCUCUCAGGACGGCAGUCACCUUCUGAAAAGUGCUCGGUACCUGCAGCAAGAACUUCCAGUGAGGAUUGCUCACCGCAUCAAGGGCUUCCGCUGCCUUCCUUUCAUCAUUGGCUGCAACCCCACCAUACUGCACGUGCAUGAGCUAUAUAUCCGUGCCUUCCAGAAGCUGACAGACUUCCCUCCGAUCAAGGACCAGGCGGACGAGGCCCAGUACUGCCAGCUGGUGCGACAGCUGCUGGAUGACCACAAGGAUGUGGUGACCCUCUUGGCAGAGGGCCUGCGUGAGAGCCGGAAGCACAUAGAGGAUGAAAAGCUCGUCCGCUACUUCUUGGACAAGACGCUGACUUCGAGGCUUGGAAUCCGCAUGUUGGCCACGCAUCACCUGGCGCUGCAUGAGGACAAGCCUGACUUUGUCGGCAUCAUCUGUACUCGUCUCUCACCAAAGAAGAUUAUUGAGAAGUGGGUGGACUUUGCCAGACGCCUGUGUGAGCACAAGUAUGGCAAUGCGCCCCGUGUCCGCAUCAAUGGCCAUGUGGCUGCCCGGUUCCCCUUCAUCCCUAUGCCACUGGACUACAUCCUGCCGGAGCUGCUCAAGAAUGCCAUGAGAGCCACAAUGGAGAGUCACCUAGACACUCCCUACAAUGUCCCAGAUGUGGUCAUCACCAUCGCCAACAAUGAUGUCGAUCUGAUCAUCAGGAUCUCAGACCGUGGUGGAGGAAUCGCUCACAAAGAUCUGGACCGGGUCAUGGACUACCACUUCACUACUGCUGAGGCCAGCACACAGGACCCCCGGAUCAGCCCCCUCUUUGGCCAUCUGGACAUGCAUAGUGGCGCCCAGUCAGGACCCAUGCACGGCUUUGGCUUCGGGUUGCCCACGUCACGGGCCUACGCGGAGUACCUCGGUGGGUCUCUGCAGCUGCAGUCCCUGCAGGGCAUUGGCACGGACGUCUACCUGCGGCUCCGCCACAUCGAUGGCCGGGAGGAAAGCUUCCGGAUCUGACCCCACAGCCUUUGGCCUGCUCACCCGACCAGCCUGGGCCGCAUUCCCUGCAGGACCUCCCGGGUCAGGCAGGGCGGCCCCCUGCUCCACACACUGCUGCAUCUUGGGUCUCAGGGCCCCAGACAGAUGGACUUACAUGGAGCUGGGCACUGCCCCGCCUCAACAGGGUCCAUUGCCUCCUCGCCUCCAGACCUUGGAGUGGGGAAGUGGGCACCCUGAGGCCUCCAGCACCAGUUCCGUCAUUCUCGUUCCUGGGGAACCCCCACUCUGACCUGUUGUUAUUAAAGUUCACAUUUUGAAUGCC